AUGCCGCGGGUGCGGCCGCCCAGCAGCAACGCGUACGCCACGAGACUCCUUCGCCGCUUACGGCUACCCGCUUUGCCGUGGAACCUCGUUGAGCAGAACAAAACCAACCUCAGCAAACUAGAUAACCUGACGGAGAAAGGCUGGCUUCCUAAGCACAUCAUCUUUCAAGCCUGGCCAGCAGUGUGGUUGAAGGAGCAUGUGAACAAGAAGCUGAAAAAUACUCGUCUGAUGGAUGUAGCCAUUCUUGUUCUUCACCCUGAAUCGAUGCUCUUCUGUCCAGACUUCGGUUUAAAAUGUCUUCUUGAGCUCUCCUUGGGAAAAUUCAGAAAUGUGCUACUUAACCAGACCAAUCCAGUGGAAGCUGUAAUCAGGAACAUUGCAAGCAAUGUGACUGUUGUUAUUUUUCAAGUACAUGCCCAGCAAAGUGAUGUGGUGAUAUCCUUUGAUAAGAAUCCUUCUGUGAACAGCUCGGGAACUGGAGUAGACAAAGGACUGGUUUCCAUCCUUCGGCCUCAACAAAGCAUAUGCACUUGGUAUCUUUGGUCACUGGAUGCUAGCCAGGUGCUCAGCACAGCUAUCUCUAUUCCCUAUAUGGAGAAAGAUCCUAUUCCUGGAGGCUGCAAUCUAGAAUUUGACUUGGAAGUGGAUCCAAAUAUUUACCUAGACUACACAUUGGUUGAUACACACAUCAAGUUUGCCCCUGCAAACUUGGGAUAUACCAGAGGAGCAAACCCACCAUCCUGCGAUUCAGGGACUGGUCAGAACUCCAGGUGGCGACUGCACUAUGAUGUCUACCAGUACUUCUUACCAGAGAACGAUCUGUCUGAGACGGUACUCAUGAGCCACAUACAGAAGAUGUCUGAGGUGCAAAGUAUCAAAGCUAAUGGCAUUAAAAUGCUUACUCUGACAGCUGAUGACAAGACCAAUGUCUACUUUUCCUCGCUUCCUGGACAAGGUGUGAUCUACAACGUCAUAGUAUGGGAUCCUCUUUGGAAUACUUCUGCUGCAUACAUACCUGUGCAUACAUACGCCUGCAGCUUUGCUGACCUGGUGGAUAACUGCUCUUCUCUCAGCAAACUCUCUACCAAAGUAUUCUUCACUGCUUUUGCUAUUCUUGGUCUCUUCACUUGCUUUUUUGGACACAGAUUCUGGAAAACAGACUUAUUCUUCAUGGGCUUCAUAUUCUCAGGAUUCUUCUUCUUUGUAUUCAUUACAAGGGUAACUGGCCUGGGUUAUGAUGUGCGUCUUAUUUUGACAGCAGUAGCUGGAAUUAUUGGAGGGCUCUUCCUGGUUGCAAGCUGGUGGAGAUUUGGCUCUGUCCUACUCUGUAUGUUUAUUAUUGGACUUGUGCUGGGAUUUCUCUUUUCAUCGACAGUCUUCUUUACUCCACUAGGAGACUACAGGGUCUUCCGUGAUGAUGUUGUGUUCUGGGUGACCUUUUCAUCUGUAGCCUUGAUGAUUCCAGUGCUUUUUGUUGGCUGUCCAAGAAUUCUGAACAUACUGGCUACUGGAAUAGUAGGCUCUUAUGCAGUGAUCCUAGCUAUUGCUUGUUAUGUCUACACAAGUCUUGCUUACAUCACCUUAGACCUACUCAGAAGGGUCCUCAAUGACUACUUCAGCAGAGCUUACACCAAUGUGCCUUUUCAGACAAAUGACUUCAUUAUCCUGUCAGCGUGGACAAUGCUGGCCCUUAGUGGAGUAACUGUGCAGCUUCGCCGAGAGAGAAGUGAAGUGCCCUUCCCACCGCACCCCUAUCUCACCUGGAAGCGGGAAAGGGAGCGCAGAAGCACCAAUGUCUUAGACCCUAGCCAUCAUAUCCCUCCCCUAAGAGAGAGGAUCCAUAACAAGCUACUGCAUAUCAAAGACUUUUUUCAGAAACAGCAGCCAGCUGGGGAAAGAACUCCGUUGCUUCUGUAA